AUGCCUAUCGCUGUGCAGCACGCCUACGUCCUAUCUGACGCUAGCGCGCUUAGCUCGUACCAGCAGCAACACCAUACAUACCCAUACCACGCCUCCUCGAGCUCGCCGCAUCCACAUUACUACCAGCCAACUCCUCUUGCGCAUCCACACCACCCCCGCGUUCCCAUCCCCAUGCCGGCGAGCAAUCAGUCUGGCUCAGAGUCGCCCCAGGCCAGCAAGCGGAAACGGAGCCGCGCAGGCUGCUACACCUGCCGCAGGCGCAAAAAGGCAUGCGACAACGUCAGACCAGUAUGUGGAUCAUGCACUCGACUUGGCAUACCGUGCGUCUUCCCCAAGCUCUAUCGCAAUGCCAAAGGCGAACUUGUCCCUAGCCCCCAGCCAAAUGGCCGCACCAAAAAGCUCCCAAGGGAAGACGCCUCCCUUUCCCCAGUGCAGAGUACGACGUCCGCUGGUGGCUCGCAACACCACAUUCCCUGGGAGACUCCGGGCGCGUCAUCAUCUUCCGCACCAAAUGCCCCUGUCAACUGGACACAACCACCCCCUUCUGUCGGGCAAAGGAAGAGCGAUGGGUCGAUAGACGGCAACGAGGCUGACUUGACCGACUCGGCGCUCGACGCCUUCCUUGCCAACUUGGGAGAUAUCGAGAGCGGGCAGUCGUGGGCGUGGCCCCUAUUUGGGGAUGCGCUAGAGUUGGAUCUGGGACCUUCCUCGGACAACAUGUCGUCGUCAGCGCCAAACAGUCUGCCCACCCCUGCCCAGCAUUCUGACUCGUCGGCCGGCAACAGCAAUUUCCUGCCAAACAAGAUGGUCACGGCCGCGGCAGUGCUGGAGCAUCUGCCUGCGCUUUAUGACCGCUCACCGUUGGUGAUGUGUGCCCUCAUCGCGUGGGCCGCCACACGACGCGCAAACACUGGGCACCCGUAUGAGGAUGUCGCUCGUGUUGCUACCGAAACAACAAUAUUGCAGAUGGACCAGCUCGACAUUGAGCGCGACCUAACGGAUGACGAGAAGGAGGAGUACAUGUGGACGUUCAUGAUCGUCGGCGGCCUCGAGAUCGUUAAGGGCGACGUCAAGGCGUGGGCUUCGCGGCUGCCCAUGAUUCGAAGAUUAUUGUCCAAAACACUGGAAACGACCGACUUCAGAAAAUCGCAGACGUGGCAGGCACUCUCUUACAAUUGUGUCUACCACGAUGUCCUCGCUUCUCUUACCACCACAUCAUCACCCGACUUCCCUGUCGAACUCUACAACCGCAUCCUUGGCUUUGGCAUGAGCGACCUCGAAAUGGACUGCUACAUGGGUGCGACGCGUGUUGUAUUCCCGUUCCUCGUUGAGACCGCUGUCCUCGCUGGCCAGGUGUCGCAGCUGCUAAAGCAACCGCUCUCGCCCGCCCGCGACGCUCAGCUCGCCGAGGUCAUGGCCCGGUGCGAGCCACUGCUUGCGCGAUUACGCGCAGUCGAUACGCCGAUCGGUUUAUUCUCUCACCCGCUCCCCAUCGGGACCGACAAGUCGCUGCUUGUCGUCUCGUUCCAGAUCUACCAGCUCUCUGCGGAGCUUUACCUUCGCUCAGCGGUGAUGCGUGCCGCGGGCUCCGACAUUCAGUGCCGCCUGCUGGCCGGGCGACUGCUGAAUUACCUGCGUCUUAUCCUCGACACGCCAAACGAGUCGCAAAUGAUGUUCCCGCUCUUCCUUGCGGGGCUGUACAUCUCGGACGAGCGCGGGCGCGCCGAGAUCUUGGGCAUCUUCACGAAAUUUUCGGAGCGCGUUCAGUGCCGCAACGUCUUCACCGUCAUCAAUCUGAUGCUCGAGGUGUGGAAGCGCGACCCUGAGGGAGAUCGCUACGUCGACUGGCGCGCUGUCGCCGAGGAGGUGAGUUUGGGCGUUACGGACUAA